AUGGCUAAGCAGCUGCCUCUUUCUUCACUCAGCGCACAGUCAACCUGUGGAACUCCUUGCCAGCACCGGCCCGACCUGCUAGAUUUUGAUUUGCUCUCCAAGGACAAUGUCUACGAGAACAACCAGCUGGCCUUUGAGUUGGCAGAGCGGGAGCUGGGGAUCCCCGCCCUGCUGGAUCCCAACGAUAUGGUCUCCAUGAAGGUCCCAGAUUGCCUCAGCAUCAUGACCUACGUGUCUCAGUAUUACAACCAUUUCACCAAUCCCAACCAAGCAAGAGUCCCUCCGCCCAUGAGGCACCCAGCUGCUGCCUCAUCACCCCCUCUGCCAGCUCACAAGAAGCCUGUGCCUGCAGUGGAGAGCCCCCCAGCACCACAGGAUGAUGUUGCCGAAGGCCUAGCAGAGCGAUCCCAGUGCAAUACGCUCAGCAGCACUUGUGCAGCCUGCCACAAGCACGUCCACCUGGUUCAGCGCUACCUUGCUGAGGGCAAGCUGUACCACCGCCAGUGCUUCAGGUGUAAGGAAUGUUCCAGCACACUGCUCCCUGGAUCUUACAAGCCUGGACCAGAGUCAGGCACGUUCGUGUGCACUCAGCACUGGGGCAAACUGGGCCUGAGUGGGAGGACAGGGGGCAGGCCCAGCCCUGACCUGGAGCACCUGAGCAAGAGGAUUGAGGCUCGGGCAGCCACUGUGGGCGAGGAUGUAUCCUCCUCGGAGGCAGAGGAGAGGAAAGAGGACCAUGUUCAAACACCCCAGGCAAUUGCAUCAGAAAGCCACCCACCCGAAGAGGAGGAGAAGGGCCGUGCACCCAAUGGAGCAGAGAUGGCAGCAUCCUCUGUCCGUGCAGAGAACAAAACGCCCUGCUCUGAGCCUUGCUCUCAAACGCCACCCAGGCCUCCUCUCCCCAGCAAACCACUCAUGCUCAGCCAGGACAAAGCCAGCCCGCUGGACGGACGGCUCAAGGACACUCGUCCCACCCCUGCCCCGAGGAGGAGCACAGACGCAGCAGCGCCAUCACCGCCAAGCUCCAACCCCGUUCCUCGGCCUAGAUCCAGCAUGCAGAGUGAAGCCUCUGAGCCAGGGCUGGGCCUAGUGAAUGGGCGGGUACCUGAUCCUGGCCCCCCGGUUCCCAAACCGAGAGGAAGACCCACGUCCUCAGAUCGAUCCGGAGCUGCUGUGAGACCAAAGGACCCUCCGUGGAUUGCGUUGGUCCAAGCAGAGCCCAAGAGGAAGCCGGCUCCUCCCGCCCCCGGCAGUGGCCUGGGCACCCCGACCAAGGCUUCGGAGGAAGAGGAGGAGGGAAAAGAGAGGGAAGGGGAUAGUGGAUCCGUCAGCAGUGAGUCCAAACUCUACAACCCCUUUGAAGAGGAGGAGGAGGAAGAGGAUGAAGGUGCAGCCUCAAAGAACACACCAAAGCAGGACCAGAGUGAGAGCACAACAAAACCCAUUCAUCCCUGGUAUGGCAUCACCCCCACCAGCAGUCCGAAGACAAAGAAGCGGCCAGCUCCACGAGCCCCCAGUGCCUCCCCGCUUGUUCACCACCCCAUCUCCAGGCUCUCGCACUCAGAGCCAUCCUCCUCCGCCCCAUCGCCUGCCCUCAGCCUCGAGAGCAUCAACUCUGAGUGUUCAGCCAAGGCUGCUGGUGACUUGGAUGAGGCUUCAGUGCCCAAGAGCUCCUCCGAACCUAUGGUCCAUGUGCCAGCUGCGUCCAAGAUCUCCUGCACAGACACUCCGCUUGCCAGCGUCUCCUCCAGUGAGAGCCCUGCAGCCCCAGCCAGCCUGUCCACCAACUCCUCCUCUUCCUCCAGCGAGUUGGUCAGCUCCAGUGGGGAGGCACAGUGGGGGACUCAACAGGCCAGCAAGAGCUUCUCUUCCAGCAAUUUAAAGACCAGCCCCAGCCGACUGCCCCCCAAGCCGCCUGCUGGUGCUAGUCCCACACCCCUCCUGUUGGCCUCAGACAUGGGUGAAGGAAGCCCCAAGGAUUCCCCAUCACCCAAGCCACAUCUGAAGUCUUCAUGCAAAGAGAAUCCCUUUAACCGGAAGUCAUCGCCUGUCACCUCCCCCUCUGCACAGAAAACUCCCAAAGGAUCCAAGCCAGCACGCCCCCCUGCACCAGGACACGGCUUCCCGCUGAUCAAGCGCAAGGUCCAGGCGGAUCAGUACGUCCCAGUGGAGGAUAUUUACGGAGAGAUGGACACUAUUGAGCAGCAGCUGGAUGAACUAGAGCAUCGAGGAGUAGAACUGGAGGAGAAACUCCGCAGUGUUGAGAAUGACACUCCUGAGGACAGCCUGCUGGUGGACUGGUUCAAACUCAUCCAUGAGAAACACAUGCUGGUGCGCCGUGAGUCUGAGCUCAUCUACAUUUUUAAGCAGCAGAACUUGGAGCAACGUCAGGCUGAUGUGGAGUACGAACUGCGGUGUCUUCUCAAUAAGCCUGCUAAGGACUGGACCGCUGACGACCGAGAGAGGGACAAGGUGCUGAUGCAGGAGCUGGUCACCAUUAUUGAACAACGUAAUGCCAUUGUCAACUGCCUGGAUGAGGACCGGCAGAGAGAGGAAGAGGAGGAUAAAAUGUUGGAAGCCAUGAUUAAAAAGAAAGAAUUUCACAAGGAUUCUGAGGGCAAGAAGAAAGGAAAGUUCAAGCCCAUGAAGGUGCUGAAGUUGCUUGGCAAUAAACAUGAAUCGAAAAGCAAGUCACCCAAGGAAAAAAGCUAGAGCAGGAGAAAGCUAGAAGCAAGGAUGGAUGUACUGUUGUAUGACUGCAUCAGCCCUUCCCGUGGCUGGGGGGACCCCUGCCACUGGGGCUUCUGCCUUCCACUCCUCUCCAGCAGCUGUACCUCCCCUCUCAUCACCCCCCACAUGCCAACGCUGACUCCUCCAGGGGAGCUCAGCUUUCAACCAGAGUCGUGGAGCCGCCCAAAAAAGAGGAGACAUGGCAAGUCUGAUCAACAAUGCUUCCCCUUUCUAAGGCUGUGGGGAGCCUGAUCAAAGGAGAAAAGCCACUAUCCAUAAGCCUUGGGGAGUAGGUGAAAUAGCUUUAGGAGACAUUAUCCAGUUGUGUUGUUAUUGUUAUCUGUCUGAGUAAGUAAAGAAUUUUGGUGUUUGUGGGAAACUUGCACUAAUUGCCCCGUCCCUCACUCUAACUGUGAUAGUCACACGUGCCUCGUACCCUCUCCCUUGGAGGACUGUACACAGUUGUCCCAACCCAACCUCCAGCUCUCUCCCUUACAGUCUAAAUUCCCACUCUUAACUUUUAUAAAAGACUCAGGGGCUUUUAUUGGCACUAAUGAAAACUAAAAGAACCCCCCAACUUUCCAUGCCUCAAGUUCCUAAAAAAAAAAGUAACCUCUCUCCUGCUUGUGGAGGACACAUGCCCCAUGAGCUUUAGGGCUGGGUAGGAAUGACAGGGCCAGAAGGAAAAAGGAUUAUGGUGAGUCCAAUUGGACAUAGCCAAGAUAUCCUACCUAGGACAUCUAACCCUCGCUGCUGCUGCUAAAUAGACCCACUCUGAAGCUAUUGAGGGGCAGGGAGGAAGAAACAUUGUUUUUCCAGGGGAGGGGAAAAAAGUGCAAGACUUUAUUCAGUGUCAGCAAGGUUGUCCUGUUACCUUGCUCACUAGUGCUGCUCUCUGCCAGCCUGGGGAGUGGGAAGGGGGGAAAACUCAGCUGGCCCUUCUCCAGCUUUGUCUGUAUUUAUAUUUUUAAAGAGUGCAAAAGGGGGGAUUGGGGUUUUCGAUAGCUUCAUUACUAGAUGGAUUCAACCCCACCCUGCUUUUUAAACCCAUGUUUUAUUUGUUGUGUGCGUGUGUUGGGAGGAUGAGGAGAACAUUCUUCCCUCCUUCCUUUUUUCUGCCUUCUCCAUGGUUAGGAGCUAUUUAUUGAGCCGUUUGACUGGUCCGAGUUAGACACUGAGUUUUGUGGGUGUUGGUUGGUCAGCUGUUUAUUUUGCCUUCUUAUUAGUAGAGUAACUACCAGCCCAGAACAAACUGCUGCAUUCUUUUUAUAAAAAUACUGCGGGUUUGACCCAAACUACUCUUGCUUCCAGCAGUGUCUUGGACUGUUGCUGGAGAAUAUAUAGAAAGGGAACCCUGUUUACAAAACCAUUGAGAAAGCUGAGUUUAUCAUUUUGCUCUCAGGGGCCACCGGUACUGGUUGGAGCAGUGUACUCAGCCUCUAGCUCACAUUCUUGCAACCUUCAACUGGCUGACCAAGGAGCAGUGUCCAGCUUUCCAUAGUCAUCCAUGGGGCGGGGGGAUUCCAUAGCAAAGCAAUCCAUUGGGUCUUGUCGCAUGCGGACGAGCCACUGUUAAAGGCUGUUAGGAUUGCUGCAGUCUGACACCCCCAAUCCUGCUCUCUUCAGUAUUUUGAUUUGUAAACUGUUACACUGUACUAACUCUGGCAUUGCCAUUUAUCUGCAGAAAAAUAAAACCAGUGGAGUUACAACAUC